ACCACCUCUUUCGUUCUCUGAGUCUCUGCUCAUCGCCGUGGACGAUGUCAGCCGCCCGAUUCAAAUCCUCGACUGGCAAAGUCCACCUCUUCAACCUCAGCCCUGCCCCAGGCUCGCAACACUCCCAAAAACGCGUAGGUCGCGGUCGCAGCUCAGGUCUCGGUAAGACCUCCGGACGAGGCCACAAAGGUCAAAAAGCACGCGCGGGGAACGGGAAACCCAAGGCUGGUUUCGAAGGUGGUCAGACUACCAUCUCGAAGCUUUUCCCGAAGAGGGGGUUCUUCAACCAGACGGGCAAGACAUGGGCGCCGGUUAAUUUGGAUAGGAUCGCGUUUUGGGUGCUGCAGGGACGGUUGAGCUCGACGCCUGAGAACCCGAUUACGGCGAGAGAUUUGGUGGAGAGUGGAUGUAUACAUGAUGCGCAUGACGGGGUGAAGAUUCUUGGGGAUGGCGCCGAACAGCUCAAAGUCCCAAUCCACGUAACCCCCUCCCGCGCCUCCAAAUCCGCCAUCAAAGCCAUCGAAGCAGCCGGCGGUUCUGUGUUCUGCAAGUAUUACAACCAGGUUUCGUUGUUCGACUGUCUUAAGGGUAAGACGGAUAGGACGUCGGCGGCGCCGACGCUUAGGAAGGAUAUUACAUGGUACACCGACUGGCGCAACCGCGGAUAUCUCUCUCCAGAAGGCAUCACGAAGAACCCGCUCGUGGAGGAACGGUGGAAAGAACUUUCGAAGCAGUUGUUGGUGUUUAAGGAGCAGGAGUUCGAUAAGCCUUCGAAGAGCACGUUGAAGAUGGCUUCGAAUACUUAGACGGACGUGUUCUUCGUUGUUGUUGUUGUUGCGGUUGUCUACAGUCUAGUUAGAGUAGACGUACGACUGGUUGCAUGAUACAUACACCCCCAGAUACAUUGCGGGUGAACGCAGACACGGUGUAGACAAGACGGCUCGUAGGUGACGAUGCAGAGUGGACACCAAGAAGUAGGGAAGCGUACAGCAAGGAUCUGAAGCUUAAGAAAAAGGUAUACAUGACUUAGAUUGCACGCUACGUAGCCGUAUCCAUCCUAUCCGGCGAAAUACUCCUACUCCUACUCCUAAACCUCGACCCCGACCGACUCCUCGACACAUACCUCGACCCCACCUCCGACGGCGUCUGCGUCCCCGUCCUAUCACUCCUACUGGGACUCCUCCCUCUCCUCUCAAUUCCAACCUCGCCCUCUUCACCCUCCUCGCCCUCGUCCCUUCUGCCCCGACUACUUGAUCUCGACUUCGACCUCGACCGACUACGUGAUCUCGACCGACUACGUGAUCUCGACCGACUACGUGAUCUCGACCGACUACGACUGACACUACGUUCUUUACCCUCCAUAGCAUCAAGCAACAAAGACUUCCGCGGCCCGAUCUCGCCUAGUUCUUCGAGGACGUCACGUUUCGUCAGGCGGGGGAGGAUGAUGUCGCAGACGCGUUCGGAGGUGAGGAGUUGGUCGAUGAAGGAGUCGAAGUGGGUUAUUGUGUAGUUCGACAUGUUUCGGUAGCGCAGUUUUCGGAAGUCUCUGAGGAGGGGUUCGAGGAGGCUGUAGACGUCUGCGGCUGCGAAGGUCAUGCGGAUGUACAUCGCUGCUAACGCUCUGAGAUACUUGAACUCAUCCGCCUGCAAAUACUCUACUAAUAUCUCCUUCUCCGGCUGGAUCUGCAACAGCUUCAGAAGCAGACAAAGAAACUCCGUCGGUCGUUGAUUCCCAAACACCCCACCAAUGUACCGCAUCUCGAGGGCUUUGUCGAUCAGACUUUCCGCAGUCAGCGCAAAACAAUGUUCCUUCCAGAAACUGGACUCGUAGAUGCGAUUCCGGAUGACGGUCUCGACUAGAAACUGGGGGUUUUGGCCGUGGAUGGCGAGAGCGCCGCGGACGGUUGUGUUCGCCAUGGCUUGAGAGUAUCGAGGACAGGGAUUAGACGGGCUGUGUAGAGGGGGAUGGAGAGAGGUGGUGAUUGUGGUGGCGAUGGUGGUGGUGA